ACUUUGCUUCCUUUCCUUUGCAACCAAAACACAACAACCUGUUCAUUACCUAUUUUAAAAAAAAAACACAACAACCUGAAAAAGACGAGGAACAACAGAACAGAACCGAGAUGAAGCUAGCUUGGUCCCCGGAGGCUGCAUCCAAAGCCUAUAUCGACACCGUUAAAUCUUGUGAUAAUUUCCUAGAAUCAGGCGUGGCAGAGCUUAUUUCAGCCAUGGCUGCAGGGUGGAACGCGAAAUUCAUUGUGGAGACGUGGUCACAGGGAGGAGCUACGGCAACUAGCGUUGGCUUGGCAACGGCCAGCCGUCACACGAAUGGAAGACACGUUUGUAUAGUCCCGGAUGAGAGGUCGAGGACGGAGUAUGUACAGGCUCUGGGAGAAGCCGGUAUGUCCCCGGAAGUAAUAGUCGGAGAGCCGGAGGAAGUGAUGGGCGGGUUAAAUGGUAUAGAUUUCUUGGUAGUGGAUAGCCGGCGAAGUGAGUUUGCUAGGGUAUUGAGUCAGGCAAGACUGAGCAACAGGGUUGCAGUCCUGGUGUGCAAGAAUGCUAACUUCAAAGGGGCUUCAAAUUUCCGGUGGCGGAGCGUUGUAGAUGAAGGGUCACGGCGGCUUGUUAGAUCGGUUUUUCUGCCGGUGGGGAAAGGACUUGAUAUUGCACAUGUAGAUACCAGCAGUGGAAAUUCAAGUUCAGGCAACGGUGGGAGGCGGUGGUUCAUCCAUGUCGAUCAGCACUCAGGAGAAGAACAUGUUAUCCGAAGAUAAUUAAAGUAGUAAUUUCUUUUGUUAAGGAAGAAUACUGUUUUUCUUCUGAUGUACAUAAAUUUUGAAGAGUAAU